AUGGUGGCUCUGCUUUCACUAAACGCAAUUAGUAUACGAAUUGGCUGCACGAUAGCUGUGAGGAACGACUCUAACAACCUGGUGGAGGACUUUGGCUCAACGUCGUCUAGCUUCGCCCUUGUAUCACUGCGAUAUCGCAGAGGACGUGAACUCUGUGCCGUAAGUACCCAUGCACUUACGGAAAUCGCUGAGGACAACAGUAAGGACGACCUCUAUGAUAAACUCAAUGCGUUGAUGUCUAAAAUACCCAGCCAGCAGCCGCUUUGCUCUCCUCAUCAAAGCCGUCUUCUCAACAAGCUUCGCGCGGAUGGAGUACCAGGAAAGUUUGUUCUUUUACUUGAUGACAGGGAUCAACGAACAACUGCUGCAGUUCGAAUACCAGCCAGAUAUACAAGGCCGUUUGAAGUGGUUGCUGGAAUGAGGCAGGGAGCAGUGGCAGGACCUUUCCUGUUCAACUUCGCCUUCGAUUACCUCAUGCGAAGAACAGUCGAUAACUGUCUUACUGACAUCGCUUUAGAACCACUAACGUGCCCCUUGACCGAUCUUAACAACGCCGUCGAUGUUGUUAUAUUCGUAACAGCGCAAAACUUUACUAUGUUGUCAAUUUUAUAUCGAAGCUACCUGCAACCUGCGGACUACGUCUACGCUCUGAUAAAUGCAGAUGUGAGUCUCUUCGAAACCCCCAACGAGACUCACAUCUUCAUUUAUCAGGGCGUAGACGAGUCAUUUAUCAGGGAAAGACUCAGGGUUGACCGAUCGAACUCGUUGGCGAGUUCUGUUACCUAG